AUCCACAACCUACAAUCAAACUCUCAAUAAGCUCCCAUCAUCAUGGAUUCAUUCGUAAAUCUAGCGAAGCAAGGUUACCAGGCGUAUUCCGAGUCUCAGUCUCAAUCCCACGUACACAAGACUGGAGGUCAGGAGUACAAUUCUCCCGAUAACCGGCCUCCCCAGUCUUACAGACCCUCGUUCAACUCGGAAGACGUGAGCCAGCAUGUCGACUCUGAAAACCACGGGUUCUUAAACCAGGCACUGUCUCAUGCGCACAGGACUGUCCAGCAACAUGGUGACAUCGACGAGGAUGGUGUUCAGAACCUCAAAAAUGCUCACGACCAGGCAUUCAGCUCUGGAGGACAGGGCCCACAAGGCAUGGCGCCCGAUGCAUUGGGCGGAGCUGCGGCUUUCAAAGUGUUCACAGACAUGAUGAGCGGCGGCGGUGGCAGAAGCCACGGCAGCAGCGGCGGAGGCGAUAUGCAGAGCAAGCUUAUUGGCAUGGCCAUGCAACAUGCCUCCUCGCUCUUUGACCAGUCUGGUGGAGGAUCUGGCGAGGCCAAACAAAGCGCUAUGAACAGCGCUGCCACCUAUGCCAUGCAGCUUUUGAUGAAGAAGGAGAUGACCAGCUUCAUCGGUGGUGGCAGCAGUGGAGGUUUGAGCGGAAUGAUGGGAAUGGUGCAUUGAUUUAUGAUCUAAUCUAUAACGGCUGACUCUGUCCUUUAGGCAAGCAAGUUCAUGUAAAUGCGUCGAGCGGAAAGAAGACUUCAAGAAGUUUUGUAUCUUGGGUGCAGUGCCCGCCUACGUGUGGACUUGCUUCUGUAGAACCUAGUGUUGCACUGCGAAAUGUUGUAAACUCUGCGUAAAUACCAAAUCGAGGAACACAACGCUGUUGCUGACGUUCGAGAUGUGAUCGAUUUCAUUCUACUCAGUGGGUGACACUAC